AUGGAUAUAAGAUAUAUAAUUGCGAGCCAUUUGGAAAAUGUUAUUCAAAAUGUAACUGAUGGCGGUAUUGGAAUAGUUGAAAUGUUAUUUUGUACAUCGUUAGUUGCUUUAGUCGGGGCUGGCGAACAUCCUUCAUUUUCUCCGAGACGUUUACAAAUUACUAAUACUAAGCGACAAUCAACAAUAUGUGAACUUACUUUCAACACUUCAAUUCUUGCCGUUAAACUUAAUCGUCGUAGAUUGAUUGUUGUAUUGGAACAAACGAUCUUUGUUUACGAUAUUAGUAAUAUGAAAUUAUUGCACACAAUUGAAACUAGUCCUAAUCCAAAUGCAAUGAUAAUUGUUAUAUAG